UCCGCGCCUCUCAGGGGACGCGGCGACCUCGGGCGGCGGGCCGCGUCGGCCGGGCAUGGCGGCGUGGAGCCGGGCCGCGGCAGCGCCGCUGCUCCGUGGGAUCCGCGGGCUUCCUCUUCUCCACUGUGUCCAGCGAAUGUUUGCCUCGCAAACUGAGGGGGAGCUCAGAGUGACCCAAAUUCUCAAAGAAAGGUUUCCUGGAGCUACAGCUAUCCAAGUCACCGACAUUUCAGGCGGCUGUGGGGCGAUGUAUGAAAUCCGGAUCGAGUCAGAAGAAUUUAAGGAGAAGAGAACUGUCCAGCAGCACCAGAUGGUAAAUCAGGCACUGAAAGAAGAAAUCAAAGGGAUGCACGGAUUGCGGAUAUUUACCUCCGUCCCCAAACACUGACCACGUCCUGGCCGCGUAGAUGCUGCUGCUUAACGCCUUCGAUGAACUUGGCUGACACCAUCCUUUCCUAGGCAUUUGCCAAAAAAGUUAUCUAUUUUGUUCAUAGACAUUUCCAUAUUAUAAUCAUAGAAGAAUAUGUUCUCUAUUUAGAGUUUAAUUAAAGGCAACAGACAUCCGAAACCUUCGAAGAGUCAUUGGUGAUGCGUCUGGUUCCUCUGUUUCAGAGGCAGUGUCCUUUGUCCAAAGGUCUCGUCCUUGUCAGUUGUGUCCUGUUGCUACACAUGUGGAGGGGAGUGCCAGCUCGUUCUGUCAUGUCAAGAGACUUUCUUGUUUCUUCUCCUCUAGGAAACUGCUCUUAAGGCCCCUUAAUCUUACCCAAAAGAGAAAAAGAAAAG